AUGACAGCACUGACGGCUCGCCGUACCAGCUUUAAAGAAACAAUAGAGCAUAAUGCUUUACCGGAAAAUAUCAGUAGACGUGCCGUAACACAACAACAACGGCAACGCAUUAUUGAUGAAAUAUAUCCAGAAUUGUCACUGGAUCAAGAUAAGAAGCAUAAAGUAAAGCUACAAUACAAAACACCAUCAUUACCUGCUACAAUCGAAGAUGCUAGUGAAGAUGAGGAGUCAGUAGCUUUAAGCAAGUGCUUCUCUUCCACCAGAAGCCUUGACGGACGUUCACCAUAUGCUUUACCGCCAGAAGAACUUUUCCAACACAGUCUCCUCACAAAUCAGGAUUUAUUCUCCAAUCCCAUUAUGAGUGCAAAGUUCGAGCAUCGCCCUUUAAGAUCGCUUCGGACGAUAAAAACAACCCCCUGGCUGUCACGAGGAUUUAAUGAUUCUAUCAUACGGAACAAAAGAUCACUCUCAUUACUUGGUGAGCGCCCAAGUAGCGCAAAUUUUGAGUCACUGUCUGCAGACUUUUUGGAUUUACCACCAAUUCCCGAAACUGUUCCACUGAGGAAGAUAGCAGAAAAGGAGGGAUUAAAUUCCGACGAUGAAGAAAAGGAAGAUGAAAUACUCGUACCAGAACAUUCCAAUCCCGACACAUUUGCUUAA